AUUUAACCGUGACGGAUCCAACAAAUGAAUAAAUUAAUUAAUCAAUAACAAGUUACGUCAGAGUUAAGCGUUGCUCACACCCUCGUCCCCCACGUCACAUCUAGGUGAUGCCCGCAACAUGCCGUUGCCACCGCAUAGUACUCACACCGGAGGAGAUUCGGGUCAGUCGAACGCUGCUCAGCAGGGUUAUGCCUCCGACAGCUUUGGCUUGGUAGGUAGCGCUUUAAGUCCUAAUGAUAGCGACUCCAGCUCCGGACUGGCGCGGACCGUCGUUAUCAGCUCAGUCCCGGCGUAAGUUUCGAGAUCCUCGCGCAUGCUGUAUUGCUGACCUUGAUCCUAGCAUCUUUCCCCACCGAGGAGCUGCCGAAACGAUGCCUCACGACUCAGCACCGCUAGCGGCCAGCCAGACGUCGGCCCCGACCCAUCGGGCAGUUGGCAACUAUGAUGCGAUAUCAGAGAAACUACAAACGCCGAGGAGACAGCGCUCGCCUCACUUCAAUAUCCCCAUCCAUAGAGAGCUUGAGCGUCUUCCAAGUUUCCACGAGGUGCCCACGAACCAACGGCAGGAGCUGUUCAUGCAAAAGAUCAGCCAGUGCAACGUCAUCUUCGACUUUAACGACGCGAGUAGUGAUGUGACAUCCAAGGAGAUCAAGCGAGUUGUUCUGCAUGAGCUACUCGACUACAUUGCUAACAGGCAAGUCAUCACGGAGUCCGUAUACCCGAAAGUGGUCGGCAUGCUCGCCAGGAAUCUCUUUCGACCUAUCCCGCCACCAAUGCAGCCCCAAUACGAUAUAUUCGAUCCAGAAGAGGACGAGCCAGUUCUUGAGGUAGCUUGGCCACAUAUCCAGGUCGUUUACGAGCUUUUCCUGCGCCUCAUCGGGAGCCUGGAUUUCAAGACGAACAUUGCCAAGGGCUACAUCGACCACAGCUUCGUGCUUCAGCUUCUGGAGCUAUUUGACUCCGAAGAUCCCCGUGAGCGAGGCUUCUUGAAGACGAUGCUUCACCGCAUCUACCUCAAGUUCAUCAAUCUCCGAUCCUUCAUCCGGCAGUCUAUCAACAAUGUCUUCUUCCAAUUCACUUACGAAACCCAAAGAUUCAACGGAAUAGCCGAAUUACUCGAAGUCUUUGGCUCUAUCAUCCACGGCUUUGCUCGGCCUUUGAGGGAAGAACAUAAGACCUUCCUGACCAGCGUGUUACUCCCUCUCCACAAGCCCAAGAUCCUAAGCAAGUACCACCCUCAGCUGACUUACUGCGUCGUUCAAUUUCUGGAAAAAGAUGCAUCAGUUACCGAAGAAGUGAUUCGCGGACUAUUACGCUACUGGCCCAAGGUCAGCGGCACAAAAGAGGCCAUGUUCUUGAAAGAAGUCGGAAACAUCUUCGAAGUCAUAGGACCUGCCGAAUUUGACAAAGUUCGGGAGCCUCUCUUCCGUCAGCUUGCUAAAUCUAUUGCUAGUCCACACUAUCAAGUCGCUGAGUGUGCACUGUGCUUCUGGAACAGCGAGUACUUUCGCAACCUCGUCAGUGACAAUGUGGAGAUCAUCCUUCCAAUCAUGUUUGCGUCCCUUUGUGAGACAUACAAGGGCCAUUGGAAUAGGACGAUCCAUGGAAUGGUGUAUUCUGUCAUGGCUUCAUUUAUGGACAUUAGCCCGCAACUCUUUGACGACUGUUUGCGCCAAUACACGAAACAGAAAGACGGUGCGGCGAUGAGAGAAGCCAUACGGGAACGCAAGUGGGCAAUUCUGUGUUCAAAAGCUAAUCAACGAAGAGCAUCAGCCAGUGUCGCUGACGUUCCUAUGCAAAGGCAUACCGAAUGUCCAUCACCAGUCGACAAAGCCUACCAUGCCAUUGGAGACAGUCGAACGCGCCUUGACUCGCUCAGACUCCAGGAUGGUACUGGUCGCCGUUCUAGCGUCCACGAGCAACAA